UGUCCUGUCCUCACUUCCUGAUGGAAAUUAUUCUGUAUUUUGCCAUCUCCACACUGGUCGGCUGGGAACACGAGAUACAUGGAUAAAUUUCGAUUUGGGAACAGUGUGUUCCAGUACUGGAUAGUGCUUAGCGUUUGUCUAUUGGCCAGUGGUCAACUGACACAUAACGAAUGUGUCCUUGACCGAGCAUCAUUGAACAUGACGGAUUGGUCAGAAAUGAUACACGGUCAUAACGGAACUAAGGAUUGUGUGUGGAAGAUCACGGUGCCACCUGGGAAUAUGGUUAAAGUGAAUUUUACGGUUCUACCUAUAGACGGUUUCAUCCCUACUUCGAACUGCAGUCGACAUAGUGUCAAGGUGAAAGCUGGUAAUGAGACUAAGUUCUUCUGCUCAACAUCAGACUCGACCACGUGGACAGUACCCUCUAACCAAGUAGAAGUUUCUUUAGUUUCUGCUGACACACUUCACACAGAGGAUAUCUUCAGCAUGUAUUACGAAGCUGUGUGUGGAGGAAUGCAGGAUCUUGAUGCGACAUUUUUACCAGAACUACCACCUGCCGCGAAGGAUUGUACAUGGACGAUCAAACAUAACAAAAAAGGACGGAAAGUCGCCUUUCAUAUAGGAAAUGCAGAAGACUGGGUCUUCGACAUAAAAACCACUAAUGGAACUAUUCAUCCUGACGACACAAAUCCAUGGAUAUAUCUAGAUUUAAAUACAAUCAACAUAACAGUUCAUAGACGAACUGACGCCAUCACUUACAAUAGUACGAGCAUGACUAGUAACAACACGAAGACUCUGGGGCUAACGGUGCAAUCCCUUGGGGCAGAUAACCCCUGUCCCGACGUCUGCGGUAAAUACGGUUACUGUGAACCGAAAAACUUCGACAGCGAGUACUUGUGUCAUUGCAUGAAAGGAUACAAAGGUCGAAAUUGUACCGACAUAGCAUACGAUGGACCUUACUGUGAUGAGAAUGUCGAACACGUAAUAGGAGACAAAGUACUUGUUCAUUGGGCCAUAACAGAAGUCAACGAUACCGACAGCAAACCAUGUCCUCAGGAUCGAAUUGGUAAUAUAUUUGUAUAA